GUGCAGGAGGCUUUUGCGGUGGCUUCUCGCUUGGAGAAGCAAGUUGGCAAGGAAGCGGACCAGCUGCUCGCUUUGAGGCAGGGCGUCAUCCAGCAAGAGAACGCGGUCUGGGUGCCUCGUGCUGAGCUGGACUCGGCGGAAGCGGAGUACAAGUCGCUGGUCACCGAGUUGCAGCAGCAAGCCUCGGUGGCCCCCGCGCCUGCUCCAGUUGGCCCGCCCAAGCUCAAGCUGGUGGACCUCUGCGACGAGUUCUUUGACUUGGGCUCGAUUUUUGAGAUUGACGAGGUCAGCUUCUUCGAGGCGGACGGCGAGCGCGCUCGGGGGGGUCGGGGCGAGAUCGCGAAGCGGAAGGGGGCGCUCAAUUCAGGGGUCUCUAAGCUCGCGAAGGACUGGCUCGGCCCGCUGGCGCAGGCGGCCGCAGGCGCGCCGCCGACGGAGCUGCAGCUGGAGGACCCCUCGCCGAUCAAGUAUUUGUAUCUGCUGAGCGAGGUGCUGGCUCUGAGGGCCAG